AUGCCCGUCGGUGUGUUGACGUACUUAUAAGCGAUUUGAGUUAGUCUUCAAUUCAAUCUCGGUUCCCCCACACGCAAACUGCUAACGGAAGGCGGAUUAGAGUCGGGUAUUGAAGAUUUUACUGAUACUGUGUGUCAGUUUCCAACUUAUGUUAGCCGUAUUACGAAGGGUGUUGAAAAGGUAUCAUGUACCCAGUUUGGGUUAGGUGAAGCUAAUGAACGAAAGGGGUUUGCACUUGCCGUUGAUCUUGGAGGCACAAACUUAAGGGUCUGCUCAGUUGAACUGUAUAGAGAUACGACAUACUCAGCAAAGCAUCUAAAAGUAGCCAUACCACGCGAAAUUAUGGUCGCCUCGCAUUCUGCGAUGUUAUUCUCUUUCAUCGCUGCCCAGGUCAAAACACUCCUUUCAACGCACCACGCGGAUAAAAUCGCUCAGGCUUCGAACCAAGAACCACUUACUCUGGGCUUUACUUUUUCUUUUCCUAUUCUUCAGACAGGCCUUAAUUCAGGAACCCUCCUACGAUGGACUAAAGGCUUCAAUAUCCCUGAUGCAAUUGGAAAAGAUAUCUGUCAUCUCCUACAGAUCGAACUCACACUACUCGGCUUGCCUGUUAAGGUUGCUGCUCUAAUUAACGAUGCAGUUGGCACCAUGAUGUUAAGAGCAUACACAUUGCCUCCAGGUUCAGCGCGGACUAUGAUCGGAACUAUAUUUGGUACCGGUACGAAUGGAGUUUACCUAGAGAAGAUUUCCAAUAUCACCAAACGUCUUGAAGGAGAUUAUGAUAAAACAUCCGGAGAGAUGUUUGUCAGUACCGAUUGGGGAUCCUUGAAUGAUACGGAAGUACUUCCUAAUACAUCUUUUGACGUCGAACUGGAUAAAUUCAGUGUCAAUCCCGGAUUUCAAAUAUUCGAAGAGAGAGUCUCGGGUAUGUUCUUAGGCGAACUACUCAGACUCGCUUUGGUCGUUUUGCAAGCUUCAGCCCCCAGUGAAUGCUUCUCAGGUUGGGGUGCCGAAGGAGAUCCGCAUUAUGUCUCUUCUCUUCAUAAAAGAUGGAGCAUUGACUCAAGUAUCCUGUCCAUUCCUGAGUCAGACAGCACAUUGAAUUUACAAGUCCUCAGAAACGUUAUGAGUGUUAGCUUUGAUAGACAUGUUACGGACAUAACAUUGAAGGAGGCGAGAGCUACAAAGAUUAUUGCGCAUGCAAUCGGAAAGCGGGCAGCAAGGCUGGCCGGCGUGGCAACCGCUGCGGUGAUACUGAAGAGCGGUGGCAUACCUAAAAAGAAUCCUGGUAAUAGGGGUGUUGAUAUUGCCGUCGAUGGUAGUCUGAUAGAACUCUACCCAGGAUUCGAGCAAUAUAUGCGUGAGGUAUUCCGCGAGAUUGAUGGCAUUGGAGAUGCUGGAGAAAAGGAAAUUCAGCUUGCUAUGACAAAGCACGGGUCUAGCAUAGGAGCGGCCAUUACUUCUUUAUUGUGCUCGUGA